UGCGCAUUGUUUUUUAUAAAUAUUAUCUUAAUUUACUUUUUUCUUUUUAAAAAAUAAUAAUAUUUAUAACAAACAAUAUUAAUAAUGGGGAGAAACAAGUAUUCUAAAAAGCCUUAAUCAAAAAAGAAUUACAACUCUUCUUCUUCAUCCUCCUCUUCAUCGAAUGACUCUUCUGAUUCUUCAUAGUCAGAUUCAUCAUCUGAAUCAGAUGUGAGUAUAAAUUAUGGAACAAAUAAGAGAAACAAAUAUAAAAAACAAAAUAACAAAAUAACGAAAGAUAUUGAAGACGACUAUAAUUUAUAUGAUAAUAGGAAAUCAAGAACUAAAAUUUAAUCAUAGCAUUAAAUAAAGAAUAGGUUUACACCUUAAAAAAGUAGAAAAAGCAUUGUUGGCAAAUCUUUCAGAAGCAUCGAACCUGCUGAAUUUUAAAAUAAUCCCUACUAAGUACCUACAAAUACAGUUAGAUUAAAUGGUGGUAAUAAAUUAAUUUAAAUUGCAGAGCUUUAAAAACCUUAAAUAGAAAAUAGAAGUAGAGCUAAAAGUGAUGUUUUUAACUAUCUGAACUAAAAUAAAAUGUAAGUAGAGGAUAUCAAUUAAGCAGUUGAAGAUCAUAACUUAAAUAAUUAUGAUCUUUCAACAGAUAUGAAGAAAAAUUUACAAAGAAGAUAGUCGCAUAGAAUAAUGCAUCAAAGCUAUCAUUCUAUUUAAAGUAAUAAUGGAUCUACUAAGGGAAAUUAAAUAAUAAUUUCUCCAUAAUAUGACUCAAGUCAUGGUUUCAAUUUUAAGCAAUAGGCUAUGCAUCAUACUUCAAAUUUUGCUAGAAUCAUACCCAUAAAUAACUCUUUAGAUCACUCUAAAAACGAUCCUAAAAGCAUAUCUAUAAAUAACAGUAUAAAUGUAAAUUAGUAAGAAAACCAAAUAAAAGAGAAUUAGUAGGACAUGCUCAAGCUUGAUUUAAAAAAUAAAGAGUUAAAUAGAUUAUAAAAUUAGUAAAGACAUGCACUUACGACAGUAGGAAAUGCUCUUAAAAGAAAAUAGAGCAUUGAAAAUAUAGAAUUUUUUAAUAGGCAGUAAGAAAAAUAAUUGCAAGAAAAAAAGAAGAGUGAUCUUUCCUAUAACAAUUGCAUUUAGAAAACAAAAAAAUUAUGGUCUUUUUUGGUUAAAAAAAUUCAGUACAAUCAUUUCUUAACUGAAUUUGUCUAUAAAAUUGUUAACAUGUUUGGUCUGAAAUCCAUAUUCCAUUUCAAAUUUCUCACGACGUGUAUCAAUUACUACCUUUUUGGCACUAUCUUAUUUAUCUUUCCUAUAGUAAAAUAAAUAAUUCAAUAUUCAGAUCAAAUUUCAUCUUAAGGAGUUUAGAUUUUUUAUCUAUAUUAAUUACAAGAUAGUUUAGGAUUAAUUGUCUACUUUAACUUCUUGAUAAUUUUUUUAGCUGCUAUACUUAUUUUGAUGAGUUAUUAUAGAUAUUUGCACUACUAAAAGAACUCUGUAAUGUUUGAAGUUUAAAAAACUAAGGGGUUAAAAUAUUUUACCAUGAUAUUCUGUGAAUACAACUGGAAAAUACCAGGCGAGAAACCGAGGCUUUGGUUUUAGUUAUCUUUAACAAACAAAGUAUUUUCUUCUUUUGAAGAUGAAGAUUAAGUGUAUAGAAGAUAAAUUUAUGUAAAUUAAAUUUAGCAGCUACUUAAGGAUAUGUUAUUUUACAUAUUAUACAUUUCAACUAUGCUAGCUUCUGGAUAUUUUAUGCUAAUUCUUUGCAACAAUAAGCUGUUUAACAAGUAAGUUAUACCUAAUUCAUUAUUUCUUAAUGAAUGUCUUUUUUCUAUCGUGGUAAUAGCUCUUGUUGAAGUAGUAUCAUUUCUUCUUGCAAUUUUAAUGAGUGUUUUGCGUCAUUUUGAAAAUUCUUGCUUAUAGUUAAAAUCUCAAUACUCAAUAGAAUUUAUUUACUAGGCUGUAGUCUAUUCCAUUUAUAUAUUUAUUAGAUGUACAGCUUCCUUUACUCGAGAGGAAUUUAUAGUAAAUAUUGUUGACUACAACUAUUAAAAUGAUGGCUAUGUUUGCCCUUAAUAGUCUACCGCUCAUAGUCUAUUUUCAUUGUACUUGGUUCACUAUGUAUUUAUUCUAUACUUAAAGCAGUACUUUAAGUUAUUGCUCAAUCUGAUACAAAAAAAUGAUGACCAUGUAAAGAGUGGGCUAAAAUGUGCUAUGGAUAAUAAAAAUAGAAGAUAAUUUAAAGUUGUAGAAGACACAAUACCUUUAAUAAUAUCAAAUAUGAUUAUUUUUAUGAAUACGCCUUUCAAUUUUAUUUUAUUCCCUAUAGCUUUAAUCUUAAAUCUAAUUUUACUUCUUCAUAAUUACUUUAUCAUAAAGAAAUGGAAAUUACCUGAGUACUUAACUAUCACAAGUAUAGACAUACAUGGGAUAUUAGUUAAGAUGUUUUUGCUUACUGUAUUCUUUAUGUUUUUACAUUUCUUUUUCAUUAGCUUGGCCGACUAGCCUUUACAUUACUUUGCAGAUAACUUAAGUAGAGUAUGUGGACCUUUCACAUAAAAUAAUACUAAUAUAUUAUCCUAUACAUUUUAGUACUUUUAUAACUCAUAUUUCUUUUAAGAAUCUCUCGAUAUAGUUUUUUGGUAACCUCUACUAGUUUGCAUCAUAGUUUUUUUUAUUUUAAAAACCAUAGCAGAUAAUAGGUAGUAUAAAAAAUGGGUUAAAAUUCUUCAAUAUAGAAGUAAGGAUAUAAAUUCAGUUAAAAAGCAUUAUAAAAAAAAAGUUUCAAAGCUACAGAAAUAACUCGAAAAUGCUGCAAAAAAUAUAAAAUAAAUUUAAAAGGAAAGUGCUAUCCCAUAAAUGAUAAAACCAAAUUAAUAAUAAAAACCACUGGAAGAACAUAAUAUUUCAGCUAAUAUUUAAGUUAACGACCAUUAAAAGUCUGUCCAUGAAUAGUUAAGGACUGAAGAAUCAUAAUUUUAAUAACAUACAUAAAAUUACUUUUUAAGGCCUAGGAAAAGGUCUUCUUUUGGAAAUGAGCACUCAGAAAUAUAAAAUUUUAACACCAAACCAGAUUCUGAAUUUGGAAUUUGAAUAUGUCAAGUUGGAUUUAAUAUUUUUAAAUAUAUUAAAUUUUUUACUGAUGAAGUUGCUAUUUCGAUUAAUGAAUUUAUCAUAACACUUAUUAUAAAAAUACUAUGCAUUACUUAUAUGAAUUCAUUAAAAUAAUAUAUAAAUACAUUGGCAUAUAUUAAUUUAUAAAUAUUUAUUUAAUUUUGUAAACAUAAAUUCAAUCUAUAUUUCUACCAUUUAUUUUUUGCAAAUUUACAAAAUUAUAAAUUUAUUAAUCCUAAAAUCAAAC